AAGACGUGGCAGUCUCUACAUCUCUUCCUGUUUGCUUGUGUUGUCGAAUAAACUGUAGCCAGCAAGUCACUUACUUGAAACGGCUCCGAAACCGAGCUGGCUCUCUCCUGAUCGCAGUCAUCUGCGGGGAUAGCACCUUGUCGGCGACGCAGGAGGAGGUAGCGAGCUAGCAGUACCGGGACGAUGUACAUAGAGAGGAUGUUGGUGUUGUUUUGGGGGGUCUUGGAGCUGUAUGGCAACAUCGCAGCAGCAAGAGGGGGCUCCACUUCCUUUACCGAUGAAAUCCCCUUCAAGAUCAAUUGGCCUGGAGCCGAGUUUUCACUGCCAACAGGAGCCCUUUACAAAGAGGAGGACUUCGUCAUCAUGACAACCACAGACCAGGAGAAGUACAAGUGUCUGCUGCCUUCACUGUCAAACGGAGAUGAUGACGAAGAGAAGGAAUACUCUGGGCCGAGUCCCGCAGCUCUACUGGACCCCCUGUUUAAGCAGAGCAGCUGCUCGUAUCGGAUCGAGUCAUACUGGACGUACGAGGUGUGCCAUGGCAAGCACGUGAGACAGUACCACGAGGAGAAGGAGACCGGCCAGAAAAUCAAUGUUCAGGAGUACUACCUCGGAAAUUUGAUGAAGAAGACUGAGGGCUCCUCGUCAGGAGCCCAAUCCGAAAAAUCAGAGAAACCCGAAACAACGGAAGGAGCUGACCCUGAUAAAAUGGAGAGUGAGAAGGAGGUGCCCACGAAGAACGUGGAGGGCCAGCUGACCCCGUUCUACCCCGUGGAGAUGGGGAACGGCACGCCCUGCGUUCUGAAGCAGAACCAGCCCCGGGCCACCUCGGUCCUGUACAUCUGCCACCCUGAGGCCAAGCACGAGGUCCUGUCCAUCGCCGAGGUCACCACCUGCGAGUACGAGGUGCUGGUGCUGACGCCUCUGCUCUGCGGACACCCCAAAUACAGGUACAAGUCCUCCCCGGUGAACGCCAUCUUCUGCCAGGCCAUGGCCGGCUCCCCCCUGCGGCCUCAGCGCCUCUCUCUGAUGGACAAGGAGCAGGAGGCGCUCCUCAAACCUCCCUUCAGUGCCACGCCGGACAAGGAGGCGGAGACAUCCCCAGCCAAAGAGGAGCUCUUCUCCUCCACCCACAAGCCCGUGGCAGUGGGACAGGCUCAGAUUGCCGUGGGAACGACCCACAUCUCUCGCCUGACCGACGACCAGCUGAUCAAGGAGUUCCUCAGCGGAUCCUACUGUCUGCACGGGGGAGUCGGCUGGUGGAAGUACGAGUUCUGUUACGGAAAACAUGUCCACCAGUAUCAUGAGGAUAAGGAGCAGGGGAAGAGCAUCGUGGUGGUGGGUAGCUGGAAUGAAGAGGAGCAUCUGGAGUGGGCUCAGAAGAACGUGGCUCGCUCCUACCAGCUGAGAGAGGACGGAGCGCAGAAGGUCAAGGUGGUUUCGCACUUCUACGGCCACGGGGAUGACUGUGACCUGACCGGGAAGCCUCGACAAGUCAUCGUGAAGCUGAAGUGCAAGGAAUCUGAGUCUCCACACGCAGUGACUGUGUACAUGCUGGAGCCUCAGACCUGCCAGUACAUUCUGGGGGUGGAGUCUCCGGUUAUCUGCAAGAUCCUGGACACCGCAGACGGGAACGGCUUUCUGUCCAUCCCCAGCUAGCGGGGAGGAGGAGGAGCAGGAAGAGGAAGAUGAAGAGGAGAGGACGGAGAGGAGAGCACGAACCUGUUACUUACACCUCAGGUCUAAACCUUGACCUGAGCUCUCUCUCCCGCCCCGGCCCUCCUCUGUGUGCAAACACUGUAAAUACUGUGUAAAUACUAGAGUUCGCCGCUUUUAAUGUUGACAGUCGAAGAAUAGGGGAAAGCAUCCGAUUGGACGACCUGUUGAUUUGCCUAAACCUGGAGGAGGCCUCGUUCUGCGGAGGCCUUCCCCUGAGUCUGCUGUUCCGGACUGAAGUCUUCCGACUGAAGAGACGUCUGAAGUCGUCGCAACGCACUCAUCCCUGUGGCCAGCCCGCCGCCUCGUUUUUCUACCUUUUAUUUAAAUUCUGAAUUGACUGAUGAACUGGGUGACGUGACGGUUAGAGGAAGCGGAAAAAUGGAAUUUAUCGCAAUAAAUAAACUACUAUUAAAAUAAGUAAAAAAAUAAACGACUGAAACUUUGAUCUUGUGACAUCACCGGAUCUGCGCUGCAAAUUACAAUGUUGAGAUAUUAGUGAGGGAUGUUGACAAAUGCGUGAAUUACCCAUAAUUCUGUAGUUGCUAUGGGCAUUCUAAUAUUUCUAAAUUUUAUAGUAUUCUAAAGUUUCAGGACCCAGGACCUACUUAGUCUACAUAUGACCUUCCUUAUUACAUUUCAAUAUGGGGCAGGUCAUAUGCUGACAUGUUGAAAUAUGCCACAAAGACUACAUCUCAGAUUGACUACAUUUGUGAUACCUAGUUAGCACUUCACUUAAACAAGGUAUUGUGUGGCACACAGACCACAUUAGCUGUGGUGACCUGCGUUCAAUGGACAAGCCUGAAAUUCAUGCAUUGAUUCUCACCUCAGUACGCGAUUUCAUGGCCUGCUACCUAACAAUCCUCAGGUUGUCAGUGGUCAGAUGACUGGUUAAUCUCACCGUAGCCAAGUAAUUGAGCAUGACUUGGCAAGUGACAUUUUGCUCGCCUUUGUCAUCUGCUUGGGUCUACUGUCUAAUGCAACCCCACUCUGGCACACUAGGGGGCAGUGCUUACCGUAAAAUAGGCUACACUGAAUGUUUUUCCAACAUGUCUGGUGGAUUAACUGGCCUAAUGUUAUAAUUAGCUGUGGAGAUUUAAGCUGUGUUUGUAGAACUGUUUCAUCACCAUUAAGGAAUUGUAAAACCAUAUGUGCUUGAUGAAGAAACUGCAGCUCAGUCAGGUACGAUGGGGAUUAGUCCAUCCCCAUAAUAGUUCAUAUCUCAUAUUUGACAGAAAUACUAAUAAUGGCCGACACCCUACUUGGUAUGUAGUAACCUAUACAUCACUAGUAUUCCGUGAUAACCGUGUCGGUUUUCAUUAAGUGAGCAUCAGCGUAUUAAAAAAAUAACAGCCUGCAUAAUAUCAGUGUUGAGCCAAAUUUGCUAUUUUUGUUUUGUCAGUAUAGAUUUGAAAUGUUUGCUAUAUUUUCCAGAAACUUGUAAAAUAAAAAUAAAUUAAAUGAAAAGUGCUUAAUAAUACCAAUACCACUAAUAAUAAUACUAAUAAAAAUUGUUUCCCCUUGU